CACUCUCAUUGCUAUCUAGGUUGUUAGCCUUAGUUUGCACCUCAGUUUCUUUUGCUUCGUUUAACUAUUCUACAAUGGCCAGGAUAGAGGGAAAUUCCCAAGUCUUGCUUGUGAAGCACAUAAUCAGAUUACUGUGUAGGUUUGCUAAAGCCCAUAAGGCAGUUGUGCAUGCCCUUUCUUCAAAGAGCACAAGGUAUUUCAGCUUUGCAGAUGAGUUCGUGGGCAGAUCAUGUGGUGGCCUUCCUACCGAUGUCCCAAAGGGCCAUUGUGCUGUAUAUGUUGGUAGUGGACGGUCUAGGUUUAUAAUCCCCACUGAGUAUUUGAAUCAUUCUGUGUUCCGGGCAUUGCUGGAUAAGGCUGAGGAAGAGUAUGGAUUUGAUCAUCACAUGGGACUCAUCAUUCCCUGUGAGGAAAUAGCUUUCCAGCAUCUGACAUCCGUGCUAGAGAAAGAAGGAUCUGUGACUCAUAAACGUAGAGCCGGAUAAACUCACUGGUUUGCAUCCCUCAACCUUCUCUUCUGCCGAUGUUGACAAAGUCGCAUUGUACACCAAUCUGCUAAGAAUUUGUUGAAGCGAAAGCAGAGGCUUGGGAAAGGACAAAGCAAUACUGUAUAUAGUUUUUUGUGGAUGUCCCAUUGAGGCCAGCUGAUUGGGAUCGUAAUUCAUCUGUCAUUAUCUUGUACAUUUUUGUUAAAAAGA